AUGCAGAUCCCUCUGGCAAUUUUGUUCCCGAUUUUCGGCAGUUUCGCUUCUGCACGAGAUUCUGGCAAUCGGCUGCAAUGGAAACGGCAAGGCUUUACGAAUGGCACUUCGCCGUUGGGGGGGACGGGAACUGCUGGUAUUUCAGGAGCUCCAUUUGCGACUGGUGGAAGAAAUGCUUCGACUUGGGCGUCUUCUGGCGCUCUACCGCCUAUUUACACAGCACCGACUUCCUCCUUCUCCGUUGACCCCCUUGCUAGCGAGACUCAUCCUGCGGAUCCAGGUCUCCCUUAUUCUGCCAGCACGUCUUGUUCGGAUAGCUCUUCGAGCACCACGACUACGCUCUGCUCCAGCUCAUCAGUUCUCCCUUCAACGACGCCGUGCUCGACAAGCUCUUCUAGCACCACGACUACGCCCUGCCCCAGCUCAGAAGUUCUCCCUGCAACGACGACAUGCUCGACAUCUUCAACCAUUGACAUUUCAGCAAGCUACGGUGGCAAUGGGUUCCCACCAAUACCGCCUUCGAUCUACCCAACGCUCUCAAACAUAGCAACAGUAAUUCCAACAUCUGAACCCUUACCAAGCUACCCUUCGGUAUAUGGACCAAGUCCUACCCUGACUGUCGUCACUAUUAGCGGUACCACUAUCACUACUACCUGCACAGAGCCUUGGACACCUGUCACGUCGCCGUCGCAGUACGCAUCGAGUCCACCUCCAUCUGGCAAUAGUGGAACUGGAGGAACCACUCCGCCUGUUUAUGGCUCUCAAUCAACACUUUCGACAAUUCCGACAUCUGAACUCUCACCAAGCUACCCUUCUGUAUAUGAAUCAAGUCCUCCCCUGACUGUCGUUACUAUCAGCGGUACCACCAUCACCACUACCUGCACAGAGCCUUGGACACCUGUCACGUCGCCGUCGCAGUACGCAUCCAAUCCACCUCCACCUGGCACGGGUGGAAGUGGAGGAACGAUUCCGCCUGUCUAUGGCUCUCAAUCCCCGCCUUCGACACCUCCAGCGCCGAACUCACCCAUCGUGUAUCCUUCAGAAUCCCCAUCGAUACCGGCUCAAAGUACCACCGGUGGUGUAGGAGGUAAUCCGCCUACCUACGGACCUCAGACAACUUUAUCGACCCCAGGGCCGGCGUCACCAAGUGCGUUCGUACCUAGCAGCCCAACCGCUCCAGUUCCAAACCCACAAGUCCCCACUGGCUAUGGAUCAUCACCAACCCAGCCGCCAGGUGGCCCUCAGACACCUACUGGACAGACUCCGCCAGCCUAUGGGAGUGCUUCAAAUGCAUCGCCCUCUGGUGGAGCCCAGCCGCCCUCCUACUCCGCGCCCAGCAAUUCUUCCAACCCACCCAAUCCGUACGGGCCCGAGACGGUACCACAAAGUCCCCCGGGUGGUCCAACCGCACCUGCAGCAUAUACCGGAGGUGUGGCCGAUGUGCAUCAAAGUAUUCCGAGAGUAUUGAUUCUAGCGGUGGCGGUGCUUGCGAUGGUAUUUGGAUGA